AUUAUUAAUUCAACCAUAAUUGUGCUCCAAUAUCUCCUAAUCACUCUUUGAAGAUUUCAUGGAGAUUUUGCCUCCUAAUUCUUCUUGCUUGGAACUAUCCAUAGCCAUGCCCUCUUUCCCAUCUUCCGAGGCAAAAGGAAAAAUAAAAUUACUGGACAUAAAUGAAGCACCCUCAAGAUCGGAAGAAGAAUGCGUGGAGGAAGAAGACGAAGAUAGCCCGGUUCCUAGAAAGAAACUCCGGCUCACAAAAGAUCAGUCUCGUCGUCUUGAACAAAGCUUCGUACAAAAUCAAACCUUAAAUCCUAAAGAGAAGGAAGAUUUAGCAAUGGAAUUGAGAUUAAAGCCAAGGCAAGUGGAGGUGUGGUUUCAGAACCGUAGAGCAAGGAGCAAGAUGAAGCAAACAGAAGUAGAGUGUGAGUACCUAAAGAGAUGGCUAGGAGCAUUGACUGAACAAAACAGAAAGCUGCAAAAGGAGGUGGAGGAGCUUCGCUUCAUCAAGGCAGCGCCGCCGCGGGUCUCUGCCCUCAGCAUGUGUCCUCGCUGUGAGCGUGUCACCCCCGCUGCCUCAUAUUUAAAUACUUAGCUUUUAUUUUCUAAUUAGCAAAUCACUAAUUAGCUUAUGAUACUAGCAACAAAGGCGACAUAUGCUCAAUUAGUGUUGAUAACAUAUUGUGUAUAACCUUUUUCAUCUUAAUUGUAUAAUCAAUGCAUGUGGUACUUAACUAAAGCAAAACAAUAUUAGAUAUGCACAUAAUGUCACGCAGUUUCUCUUAAAAAAUCCCAUAAGCAACGAUUAUAUA